GGGUGACCGUCACGUGACCUGGCGAGGCGGCGGUACUGGGCUGAGGGAAUACCAUGGCCGUCCCUCUUUCCCCCACGCUGGUGCUGGGCGAGGCCUCGGAGAGCGACUCAGAGCCGGAGCCGGGGGGGAACACAGCCGGGACUCCCGCAGUGGGGCUGAAGGUUCCGGGGGAGGCGUCGGAGACCGAGGAGGAGGAGGAAGAGGACAGUGCGGCCCGGAUGCCACUGCCAGGGGUGUCCAGGGGGGGCCCCUCACUGCUGCAGCAGCGGCUGGGGGCGGGCGAGGGGCGACUGCGGGGCGCAAUGGCUGAGGCACUGGGACGCAGUUUCAGUGGGGCUGCGCGGCUGCUGGAAGGUCUGGGGGGGCCCCUGGGCCACGCCCAAGCUGGGGCAGCUGCGACCGCGCACUGCCUGUGCCUGGUGCGCCGUGACCUGCGCGCUGUGGCUGCCACCGUAGCCACCAUCACCGCCUGUCACCUGCUGCCUGACAUCCGUGGGGAGCUGUGAGAGUGGGAAUGUCUGUGGGAGGGGGGGGGGGGGCAGUGCUGGCAGCUGUGGGGAGCUCCUGGCGUUGUUGUUGCAGUGUCACUGACACUGACCUUCAGCACUGUGUCCAAUGGACUCGAGGGUUGUGGUUGUCACUGAUGACAUUCUCAUUGUCACUGCAUUGUCAGUGCUGUGUCCCCUUGAGCUGAUGCUGCCAUCAACAGCACUGCCGCUGAUCGCUCAGUGUCCCAGCGAUGUCCCUGUGUCACCUGGCCUGUGGGGACCUUGGCCUCACAGUGACGUUGUCAGUGAAUGGAAGCUCCUGACGAUUGAUUGAUGCAGAAUUCUGUAGUUUUGCCCUGUAUAGGGGAUCUGUGGGUUCUGGCACUGACUAAAGCCCUUUGGAGACAUAGCUGCAGCAAGGACACAGCUUUCACUAGGUGGGUGGCAGUGUGUUCACCCACGGCACUGUGGUCCCAGUGGUCUGAGCAAGGUCCCUUUUGUUGCCCCCCAUGUCCUUGGGCUGUGGUUGUGUCCUGUGCGUCCCUUCCUGCCAUAUGAAUGUCUCCAGCAUCUGGCCACUGUCCCCAAGCUGUGGCUAUGUCCUGUCACCCUAAGUGCCCCUUGGCCUUGUCCUUAGCUCUCUCCUACCUCUGUGUACCCCUCUGAGAACUUCAGCCAGGGACAGGGAGAAGUACAUACGAAUCUCACACCACGGAGCCACAUGGGUCUGUCACGCUGCAUCCUGCCUGGGCUGUCACGUCCUGUGGGACACCAGGGGAUACACCCUGGGUGCUAGUGGGCUUGUGGCACCAAAAUGCCCGGGGCCUGAUGAGGGUCCUGGGGGCUCCUGGCGUCUCCAGAAGGGUCCCAACUGUCCCCAGGGACUGACCUGAGGGGUAGUGGAAAACCAGGAUGAAGGUUCACUUUCCCCAUUCCCCUGUGUUGUGGCAAAGGGGAAAGGUUUUGUGAAGAGCACAGUGGUGUUGGAUUCUGUUCAUAAAGAUUCUAGACCUCAGUUCCCUUCCCGUAUCCAAAUUAGAAUGAAAGAUAGUAUUAACAAUUCAUCUUUUGAGGAAGAACCUCUGAGCACUUGUAACUGGCAGUGCUUUGAUAUUCUAGGUAACCUGUUCCAUAAGGAGUGCUGGGUGAUGCUGGCUGAUACUGUCAAUUGUGAGCAUGCUCCACAGAAAGUUUCCCUCUGUGGGAGUGAGGAAACAAAAUGUGGUGAUUCAGUACUGUGGGGUUAUUAUGGGGUUACUAGAGUCUAGGAUUCUAGAGUCUGAGGAUUCUAUGAAUUGAUUAUUGGAGGAUUCUAUGAGGAUGCUAUGAGGAUACCAGCUCCUGUGAUUAUAAGUUCUGUUAUUUCAGAUUCUGUGAUCGUUUCAUGAUUCUAGAUUCCUUGACUCUGUGAUGAUUCUGGGCUUCAGUUGUGUGGUGAUUCUGAUUCCUCACUAAGAGUAUAGAUUCCCAGACUUGUAGCUACGCAAUACGAUGCGUUUCCAUCUCCACUCCUGUGCAUAGUGUGUGGCAUAGUUCUGAGUGCCUGACACAGCCCAAGCAAAAUCAAUUUCUGUAGGUUAUUACUAAAUAAAUAAAUAAAUCAAUAAAUUUCUUGCUUUAGUUUCUGCUCCCUGAUCCAUUUAUUUAUGUUCUCCCUUGCUUCAUAUGUAACUUCCAAACUUGGCAUUUUGCAGAUAGUACCUUUUCCCCCUUUCGUCCUUUGGUGGCCCCUAAUGGUCUCUUCUUUCUCAGUUAGAACAGUUGUCAUGAGCCUAUUCAUAUAGGAAUUUGGGACUGGAGUUCACUCCGUGACUCUUAUCAUAGUUGAUGUCCCUAGUUGCUAUCGUGCAGACUUCACCAAUUUAUAACAGAUGGAUACAGCUACGAUAUACACUCCUAAGAGGGAAGCAGGAAUGUAUAUUUAUUGAUGUAAUGUAGAUAUGCUGUAGUGAUAUGACAGUGACUUAACAAGACUGGAGAUGGCUGGAUACACUUGGUUAUUUUCCACAUAGAGGGCAGGAUUAAACACACACCUACAGGACGCUCUCCUGCUGUGUCAUGAGGAUCAGAGCAGACCCCGUUGCUGUCUGAACUCUUCAAACCACAGAGGUAAGGAUCCUCAGCACAGCUGGAUCCACUCCUUGUCCCAGACGCGUUCAAGAGUUUGUGUCUAAGGGAUCCUAUGUGCACAAUCAAAGAUAUAACCGUAGUGGAGCUAACAAAGCCCACCCAAACUACUAGUCACUUACUGAGGAUCCGUAUCAACAAGGUGUCUUGACAUCAAGGUGGAAAGGAUCUCUGUGCAGGUGUAACCUCAAGAGGCAUGCCUGCUCAAGGGGAGAGCUGUUCCUCUGUGCAGGAGAGCUCAAGAGGUGCUUGUGCUGCUGUCUAUUUUGGUGGUAAGAUGAUUGACUCAUUGCCGUACUUUAUUUUUAGGCAUAUGCUCAAUUGGCCCUCAGAUGUUGAGCCAGAGGCCUGCUGUCAGUUCUUUCAGCCUCCCAGCUUGAGGCAGUUUUGUGAUCUUUAGUCUGGUUUAGCUAGGAGUGUUGCUCACUGUCUUCCUGUGCAAGGCUGAGGGAGGAAGGUGGGAGAAAGGAAGAAAGGGGGAGGGGGGAGCACACCAUCACACUGGCUUUGCUGGGAAGGAAGGCUGGUAAGAGCAGGUCUGCUGGUCUGAGUCCCAGCCUGCUUUUACCCCCAGGAAAUGCCCUGCAGGUGGGCUGGCGAGGGUGGGGGUUGGGCAGGAAUUGCUGCAUUUCCUCCCACAUCUCCUGCCAUUUCUCUUGUCCCAGCAGGCUCCAGUUUAACAUCUGCCUGCAGCCUGCAGCAGAGCAGCACAUGGCCACUGCAUGUCCAUCUUAGGCAGGGGCUGGGGGAAGCAGCCAGGAGAGGGCAAGGGGCAAGAGAUGGGAGUGCGGGGGGAGAGUGUCCUUCAGUGUCCUUCAGCCAGCAUUUGUGUGCUGGGAACAGAGAAGCUGCUGGGACUGGAGUUUCUCUCCUCUCCAAGCUGCUUCCCUGGGCUUUGGCUGUGCCCAGAAAGGAGCACUUGCAGGAGCCCGUGGCCUUUGCAGAGGUGGCCAUGUAUUUCAGCAGGGAGGAGUGGGCAUUGCUGGACUCUGCGCAGUGUGUGUGCUGUACUGAGGUGUGAUGCUGGAGACUAGCAGUGCGUGGCCUCGUUAGGUGAGGGCUUUGCUGGUGCUCCUUCUUAUUAGAGCACCUCUGGCUGUGCAGAAUGAGCCUCUGCAAGCAGGACGUAGAAUAAAUGCAGUGGGGUUACUUAUUGACCAGUGCAACAGCAACGAAAGAAACCUAUACUUUUCUGCUGUUUAUUUCCCAUAAACGUUGUUGAAGCCUUGGUAAACAAAACAUCCUAAAGGGAACGUUGAAGAAAAUGUCCCUGCAUCAUUUUCAGAGAUGUAAAAGGUGUGCUGGGCUCCAAAGGGAGUCGGUAUGUAUUGGGCCGGUGUCAUUCAGAAUUAAAACAGGGACAUGCUGACAUGCACCAGAGUGGGCUCAUGCUUGACAUCUUGUAAACAGGGUUGAAAAGAAACCUCAAAAUAAACACACGUCUACAAAAGCUGCCCUCCCCUCCAAAAUCAGCACAUUUUGCACAGCCAGAGGUACCUUCCCGGUCUUCUGUCUGUUGGCAGUUUUACUUCAUCUGUUUUUUCUUCAGAUCACAGCAGUGUGAGUCUGACUGCGUCAGCGGAAGAGCUGCCUUCAUGGAGGUGCAGGUGCAGUCGGCCGUUGUGGAAUUCAUCCUGAACCACACUCUUCCACUCCAAAUCCAGCCCAGUCAUUGGAGAUGGAGGAGUCUCUAUAGGUUAAUCAGCAGGGCUGUUCAGCUGCAUGGCAAAGACUGCGUGGGCCCUGCAGCUGUUGCCCAGUUCUCUGCCUGCAUUGCUGAUUCGUGGCUUUAGGAUGAGGAAUUAACUGCAACGUGUUUGUGCCCAGCCCUGGAACCUACAGCUUUCCUUGAGUAACUGCUAAGACCAUAAGUGCACCUGUUCCAGUGGAAACAAACAGAGUUGCACCAGGAAGAAAGUUUCCUCUGCGUGUUAGAUGAAUAAAUGUUCAGAGCACAAGCAAUUAUUAUUCCAAAGGAGCACUAAGUUUGUUCCAUCUGCUUUGAUACCCUGACCUUCCAAUGAGAUUUGCACAGUCACCGCAGUUAUUACCACUGGUGGAGUAUAGAUAGCUGCUUUUCCGGAGUAUUUGCUGCUUCCCAUUUUAUACGAGCAUUGCUCUUCUUUGGAUAGCACAGUUGCUGUAAGUCCAGCUUUUGUUCCCACUGGAAGGCAGUUUUUAUGUCAGCAGGAUGCAGGGGUUAGCUUGGCUGAGCAGGAACAGCCCACAGCAGGCUGAGCUCUGCCAGGAGAGCUCACAUGCAAACCACCUGAGCCAAACAACGAUGACCCAGGCUUUAGAAUGGAGCAUGUCACCUUGGCUAGUUAUUUAAUGAUUCAGGCAUUCACACUGUCUGCUUCCCUACAAGCAGAAGGGUCAGAGUAUAUAAGGGUCACAGUGUAUCAGCUAAGCUUGGGAAUGCUGCUCUGGGAAGACAGCCCCUCUGAGCGCAGCAUCUCAACCUGUACCAGCCUUCAAGAGGGGACAGCACUCCCCAGCCUGCUUUAUGCCAUCCCAAGUUAGUCUACUUGCAUGAAAGCUGGAUGUCUGUAUACCCAUUAGGCUCAAACCCUGCGUACUGAGGUACACCUGACAAACACAUGAGGCUGUGCACAUGUUACCCAGGAGGUGUGAUGUUAAACGGAUAAGUAUUAGGAAUGGAUCCAACCAGGAUGUUGAUGUGAGAGGAUGAUACACUUCCCUCCCACACCGCUUAUCAAAUGAGAAUGACCAUAUAAACACUUGCUCUUUAAGCAGCGGAAACAAGGACAGCUCUUAGACGAGACUCCUUGUUCUCCCCUGCACUGCUCUGCACUGAGAGGCUUCAGAGAUGCUAGCAGCUGGCGCUAUGAGCUGCUUUGGUUGAAGUUUAAAUGUUUGUCUCCAAAAGCAAGCACAGGCUCUGGGCAGCAUGACCCCGUGGGUGGCAUCCCUGCCCACGGCAGUGGGGUUGGGGUUCUAAGCUCUUUGCUGUCCCUUCCACCCCAAGCCGCUCUAUGAUUCUGCGUUUCUAUGACGUAAGCACGGGCCCCACGCAGCCCUGGUGCAGCACAUCACAAGAGCAGCAGCCCGCGGGGAGCCGCCACCCGGAAUCUCGGAGCCGUGAGGUCACAAUGCCCCGUCCAAUGGCUGUGCGGUGCUGUGCCGUGAGCUCACAAGGCCUGGCUGCGACGCUGUCCUGUGCCGCAGGCUUUGCUCUGUGCGACGCUCACUGUGGCUGCAGCGGUGGUGUUGGAAGCAUGGUGCGAGUGUGGGGAGCCAUGGCCCCUGCCCGCUUUGUCCUCUUCCUCCUACUGAUGGCCAUGUGUUUCCGGGAGACCUGUGCUGCUCCGUGGCGAGCACCGGGAGCAGGAGAUGAACUUGGUGCUCCCUUUCCGGAUGAUCGUUUGGAUCCGGAUUUUGUGCCUGUGCCUCUGGGACAACCCAGAGGCCCUGCUGGUGAAUCAGCAGAACAGAAUCCUGCCUCUGAGCCUGAAGGGGAUGCUGGAGAUGUGACUGGAGGAGGUGAUCCAGGUUCCGCUCUGAGCUCUGGGACUGAAACUCCGGCAGAUCGCAUGGGAGUGCCCCCAGGGAGGGCUUUGCCCGGUCAUGUGUUUCCUCCUGCGCUGGAGCCCAGCUGGAAUCCCAGCGGUCCGGAAAAAGGAAAGGAUGAACCCAAAAGAGGAGAAUACUCCCAGGGCUCAUCCCGUCUCCUCAAGGAACUGGUGAAGGAAAUGGAGAAGGCAGCGCGUGGAACUGACCAACAAAGUGAGCAGGAUGCACUGCAGGAAGGCAGCCAUCCCACACUGCCAGUCUCGGGCAAAGGAACGCAGGCAGCGCCAACAACUGUCAUGCCAGGGAUGAAUGCCGGGACGAGCACAAAGGCUGCUGUUGGCAGAUCUGCGCGAAGGCGCCACAUCGCAGCGAUGGUACUGUUCUCAGCUGUGCUGCUGUCUGCGCUGGUGCUGGCCUGUGGUGCUGUGAUAUGGAUGUGCCAAAAAUACGUAGUGUGCAAGAGAGAAGAGAGAGCAGCAGAGCAGGCUCAUCCUGAUACCAACUAGGAGAGAGUUCCAACUGGAGACGAGGGCAGAACGGAGCUGGGAGAGGCAGCCGAAGAGACUCUUGCCCCAUCAAAGAAGAAUCUCAGCCAUCGUCCCAGUGCAUUCCAUUCUGCCAUCCAAGAGGCCAAAGGUCUUCAAAGUCAUCUGGAAGACUUGGAGCUUGAACUCAAAGCCGUGAAAGAGGUCCACGGGAACAGUCCUGAGUGCUGCUUUCUGUCAGGGGACGGCCCUGAAAGUGAGAGCGGAGAACCAGCAGCAGAGCUUUUGUCCUUCACCCUGCAUUCUCUGGGACAAGCAUCAGCAACAUUUCAAAGAUUCUUAGCUCGGCACAGCUACAAUCCUGUUGAGGGUCCUAAUGAGGAGCCAGAAAGCGAGCUUCCUCUGACCGCUGGACAACACCUUAACGUCUUUGGAGCUGUGGAUGAGAAUGUCUGGUUUCAGGGAGAGCUGACAGAUGGCACAAGAGGACUGGUCCCAUCCAGUUUGGUUGCGGAGGUUUCAGAUGAUGAACUGGAUACAACGAUGCCUCCGGAGCUCUGUGCUCUCCUGCUGGAUACUUGAUGAAUAAGUGGAUGCAGAGAUUCCAUCAUGCAGCAACAUCCUGUCAAAAUUCCUGCGUUACUCCAUCUGCAGGACUACCCCCUGCUCCACUUGAUGUUCAGGUGGAGUGUGUGCAGGACGUGGAUGAGCUCCUUUGGGAACACUCUGAGGUGACUGACAGUGUAACUGCAUAGUCUUGUGGUAUAUUAAACAAACAAACAAACAAACACCACCCACAAUAAAACAACCAACCAACCAACCCAAAAAGCGCUGCUCUUUUUCUUGGAUACACUGAGGUGAUCCUUUUUCUAGCUGAGACUUUGCAAUGAGUCUUGAAGCAGAUUUGAGCCGGUAGAAGUUGGCAGUGUCUGCAUUCCGUUCUCCUGAUUUCCUUGCUGGUCAGAGUUAAGGUGCCAUGCAUCCAUUCCCCAGCCCUAGCUGUCUCCUGAAUCAUGAGAACAGCCUUUCCAUAUUGUGGAAAGAACUGGAGUGGAUUCACGCUGAAGGACAAGAUGCUUGCAGACACGUAAGCUCAAGAAGAGAAUGCAGAGUCCAUGGAAACUCGCUGCCAAACAACGAUGAGAAAGUAGAAUAGGCUCCUGUUGUUGAAGAUGGGACGGUGAAACAGAUGUCUCAGCUCAACACAACGCCAGUAGGAGCUGGUUCGGGCUACCCCCCCUUAAAAGGUCGGAAGUUCACAGCGAGGUAGACUACGAGCCUUCAUCCACUGACCGCCAGAGACCCCCACCACAUUUUUAGGACGCGUGCUCAAGAGGGUGGGACAAUACGUUAAUAGUUUCUCAGAAUUCCAGCCCAUUUUUGUGGAACGUAAUGAAUAUGUGGAUGUUAUGUCUGUAAGUAUGUAACCAGUGCUUUUCUCUGUGUGCGAGUUAGGAGGAGAUAUCCCCCCCCGCACCCGGCGCCGUAAUGAGCGUACCUGCUUUGUAACCUUACGUGGGUUCCAGAGUUUGAUUCCACACGUCACUCCCUUCACUAUUAAGAGGACAAAGAACUUCUGGCACAGAAGGAUGCCCACCUGCAAGGCUCAAAUUGCACGCUGCUUCCUCCCUCUCUGCUCAGUAAAACUCUGUGUUGGGCUCAUUUGGAA